ACUUUCCUUUUUUUCAAUUCAAGUCAUCCCCAGUUACUGUCAGCUUCUCCCCCUCCCCUUACCUUCCUAUCCAUCCCUACCUUACUCCCACCUCCUCGUCCUCCCUUCCCGGCACUCAGAUGCUAGCAAGACCGGCGUUCGCAGCGUGGAAGGCUUUGAAUUCACAUCGGAGAAAGAGGGGUUAACGGGAGCAGAUAUUUGUGAUCUCCCCCAUCUUGACCGACAGCAAGAAGACAAAGCAGAAUAAAAAUCAUCCUUUGGAAUCUAUAAUCACACUUGACUGCAAGAGCCUUCUGUAACAAACAACCUCAUUUAUAUUACGACUGCUGCCACCGCUCACAUUUAACAGACACGUUGACACAACAGUGAGGAGCCAGGGCUUCAUAUAAAUGGCUGACAAGCAGAUCAGUUUGCCUGCCAAAUUGAUCAAUGGGGGUGUCGCUGGGCUAAUUGGAGUCACUUGCGUGUUUCCCAUCGACUUGGCCAAGACUCGCUUGCAAAACCAGCAAAAUGGAUCUCGCCUUUACACCAGCAUGUCAGACUGCCUUAUCAAGACCAUCCGGUCAGAGGGCUACUUUGGGAUGUACAGAGGAGCGGCGGUGAACUUGACACUUGUCACGCCGGAAAAAGCCAUCAAAUUGGCUGCCAAUGACUUCUUCAGGCAUCACCUCUCCAAGGAUGGAAAGCUCACCUUGCUCAAAGAGAUGCUGGCUGGGUGCGGCGCAGGCACUUGCCAGGUUAUUGUCACCACUCCUAUGGAGAUGUUGAAAAUUCAGCUCCAAGAUGCUGGACGUAUUGCGGCGCAGAGGAAGCUGAUGCCGGAGUUGGUGCCAGCUGGCACCGUGGAACCCAAGUCGCCAACUGCAAUGCAGCUCACCAGGCAAUUACUGAGGGAAAAGGGAAUUGCUGGAUUAUACAAGGGCCUUGGCGCCACGUUGCUCAGGGACGUUCCAUUCUCCAUCAUCUACUUCCCUCUUUUUGCUAACCUGAAUAACUUUGGAAAGCGGGGUGCAGAAGGAACCGCUCCUUUUUACGUGUCCUUUAUAUCGGGCUGCUUAGCAGGGAGCACGGCGGCCGUCGCAGUCAACCCGGUUGACGUCAUAAAGACAAGACUUCAGUCUUUGAACCGGGGCAGCACAGAGGACACAUACAGCGGAGUGACUGACUGCAUCAGGAAAAUCUUGCGUAAUGAAGGCCCAUCAGCCUUUCUAAAGGGGGCCUACUGUCGAGCCUUGGUGAUUGCCCCUCUCUUCGGCAUCGCCCAGGUGGUCUACUUCUUGGGCGUGGGCGAGUUUAUCCUCAGCUUCUUGCCUAAAAGGGACAACUAGGAAGCACAUCCUUGUCUGCCUUUCCUACCCAGAUCACAUCACACCUCCACCUGCGUGAGGAGUCAUCUCAUUCUUACAGACCUAUCUGUUUGUAUUUUUAAUGACGGUGUGCUGCAUUUUGUUUCAAAUUUGUUGUCUUGAAUGUCCGAAUCAUGCAGGAGGGAGCCUCCGUUUGCUGCCUGCGCCGGCGCAUAUCAAUCCUGAUAUCAAGCCACAAGCGUCAGCUUGAGUUUUGAAAGUUGUUGAAUUUGUAAUGACAAAAUAUGUCGUUUUAUAUUUUGAUUCUUGAAAUUUCAAGGUAGGCUGACUGCCCUUGGUUGCUGCAGUUUUGCAAGCUCCUCCUUACCGGAUUAUUUAAAAUGGCACUCCUCUUCAAAUCAAACUAGUCAUACAAGAAAAAUAGAAUAGUGCACCUACCAUUAAUUAUGAGCACAUAUAUGGAGAUUUUUACGAACAAUGCUAUUCAGGAUAUUCCCCAAUGCUGGUGUCUCAAAACAUACUGCUAAAAAAUAUAAAGGGAACACUAGGUCAAUGAAAUAUCCAUCCAUCCAUUUUAAACACUGCUCAUCCUGAAUAGGGUUGCGGGAUCCUAUCCCUGCUGACUUUGGGCGAAAGGCGGACCACACCCUGAACUGGUCGCCAGUCAGUUGCAUAACACGUAUAGAGACAAACAACCAUUCACACCCACAUUCACAAUUUACACAAUCACUGAGUGGGAACCGAUUCCACGCUAGUUGUUUGACAACAAAAUAGCAUGAUAAACUGUUAUUGGAAACGCAAAUCAUAAACAAAAGUAAAACUUUACACAUUAGAUCACAGACUCAUCUGAGUUUUGUGUCUCUGUAACGUUUAUGGUCUUCUCCACGUGCGUGUAUGCGCUCCCAAUGAGCACAUGAGUGCUUGGCUUAUAUUUUUGGCAGUGCUACACCAAUGAUGGUGUACAGGUGUAUUUGUUUGUCUACUGGUAUCUCCUCCACACUCUUGACUAUGCUGGUUACACAGCAUGCCUUCUGGCCAUGGUGAUUAUGCAUUUGUCGUUCUGGAGGAUCUGCACUGCCUGAGCAACUUGUGUGGGCUGCAGAUAAGGCCUCAUACAUGUACUUGUGAUGAGGGUGCUGGAAGCAUGCGAAACUGAGCUAAUGUUCCAUUUUCACAACAGCAGGGAAAACUGAUUCUCAAUCGUUAUGGCUAGCAGGUUGAUAUCCCUAAUGUGGGAUUAGAAUGUGUUCCCUUUUUCAUUUUUUAAAGCAGUGUAGUUCAGGGAAAGUGUCGAUGUGAGACCAGCACAUAUGAGAAGCCGCAACCCUUGAACCAUAAGAAGACUUUCAUUACCUCUGUUUUACGUUUUUUUUUUUUUUGUAAAGAAGAUCAGAUUCCAUCCAAUACGUCCACAGUAACUCUACUGUUCACCUUGUCACAAAGCUCCUUUUGUGUUGUGUAGUUUGGGCAGGCAGUGUGCACUGCACAGCCCCCACACACAAUCCCAGAAUCGCAUUGCUUUAAGAAAGGUGGGUCCACAGCGCAGUGAAAUUACAGAAGUUGAAAACUAAGAAGGGUCUGAGUAACUCUGGUAUCAUGAGAAUAUAUAGGCUUUGCGAGUAAAUAGUACAGUCGCUUAUCAUGGAAAGCAGAUUUUAAAUGAUUGUUUACAGAAUCGUUCAGUGGAUGUUUUCUGAACUUGAAUUAACUGGCAGGGUCCAGAGAGCCUGCUACAAACUUUUAUCAUGAAAUCCAAAAUCAACACCAAUGUUUGUUUUGUUUACCAAACCAACUUGUCUAUGUUCUUGUUUGCUUUAAGCUGUGAGGGGAAAGCAGCCCUCUUAUAUGUCAAUGUUUGCAUCGCAUCCGCAAAGCCCUGCCAUUGUUUUUUUUUUCUCUAACCGGAGAUCAAGGUGACUUUGACGUCUUUUUAAUCAACCACAUUCCGCUCUAGCGCCCACUGUGCUGUAUUGUUGCACUUGUAGCUAUAUCUGAUGCAACUUUUUAACGUGUACUCAUCUGUGGGACUUAGAACUAUUUAUCAGUGUUCCUUUCUUUGGGUGGUAUGGCACUGUCUGUUUGUAUGUGUUGUUGACGUAUCCACUUUUGAUUGAUUAUAUUGUGCAUAUGCA